AUGAAGGGUCUGCGGUUAUUUUUUACACGCCCAGUGUUUGUAGCGUCUGCUAUUCCUUAUUUAACUUCAGUGAGGCGAGUUUCCCAGCAGCGGGAUGUAACGCCGUGCGGAAACCAAUCUGGUAGGGAUCUGCAUUCACCCGAUGUGGUUGUGCAUGAUCAGCAGUCUUCCUUCACUGAAGAUACGUUUGCCUCCGAUUUUGACGAAUUAGAGGCUGCAUCACAGGAGAUACAUGACCUGUGCUUUGCUAUGAUAAACUACUUACAGAAAACGGACCCUGAUGGGACGAGCUGCUUGUUUCAAAAACGCUGCGCUCGCGGCUUCCGUGAGACCGUCCCGGAGAACAAACGUCGGCUUCUUCAUGAGCGGGGGUCGAAAAUUCUUCGGCGAAGGAACUGUUAUAGAACAAAGGAGGAGUAUGAGGAGGCAACACAGCUGUUUCUCCAAUUCGGUGAGAAACUCUUGUUACUUCUCACUAAACCUGUUGUUCAAAGGAUCAUCGAAUCAGCGGGAAAAGUCUAUCGAGAUCAUCGGCGUGAUGGGGUUCACAGAUACCGAAAACCAGUGGAGCGGGGGAGUUGGCGUGGGUUUCCUCAUAGAUGGUUUAAACAUGCACCAUUCGAAGUGCAACAACUUCGUGCCGACAUCCCUGAGGCGACUGUAGCGAACACGAGGGCCAUGCGUGAUUUGUCCACCGUUAACUCACUCUUCACGCUCAUGGAGCCGCAACACCCUUUCAGAGCAAAGCUGGAGAAUCAGCUAUUUGAAAUAACACAGGAGUACGAUGUCGUUCAUGCAGGAGGCAGAGGAGUGUAG